CAGAGGGGAAGUGGGGAAGGAAGGAAAACCUGACACACGUCCACCAAAAGAAUGCGAAAGGGAGCGAGAACACAGAGGAAGGAUUUGUGCUGAUGGAUUUCCAGCCCAGGGGAAUAAACCAGAAUGGUAUGAGACACCCAGAUGAAACCAGAAGUGAUGUGAAAGGAGAGGGAAGCAGGCACCUUCCGCAGCUGCACAAACUGCCCUGAGAGCUGGAGGGAUGGGAAGCCCCCAGGCAUCCCCAGCCCACAACACCAGCAAGAGGAGCUUUGGUGAAGAGUAAAUGCUUCAAAGUGCCCUUUGUGUUCCCAGAUGAGCCGCACCGAGUUCCUGGCAGUGCAGUAUCUCUCGCCCUCCUCCAUCCCAGCCAUCUCCCGGUGCAGCGUCACUCAGACGGGCUGUUCCCCAGGGCCUGUCCCUGGCCACAGCAUGGUGUCACCAUGAGCAGCCCCUUCCGCUGCUGCUGGUCCUGAGCAGUGAAUCCCAGAGGGCUGGUAGGAGCUGGCCCAGGAUUUGUACAAUUCUCAGCGUUGCUGCUUCCCUCUUGUGGUGAGGAAACAGCUGGAGAGACGGACGGGGUACGGACAACGGAUGGGAGCAUCUGAAGAAGGGCAGAAGGAAGCAGAAAGGCUCUCCGCAAGCUCCUAGCUCCAGUUAAUUACAAUGGAUAUUUGUAAGAUACCUGAAAACUCCUCCAAAUGCACCGUGAACACUAUGGAGUGCUUCAUGGUCCUCAGCACACAAGCACAGAAGAUAAGCAUUGCCACGCUGUGCGGCCUCUUUGGGACAUUGUGUGUUUUUGAGAACUCUUUGGUGCUGUACUUGAUCUUCUCUUCCCCUGGGACCAGGAGAAAGCCUUCCUACAUCUUUAUCAGCAGCCUGGCCUUGGCUGACAUCCUGGCCAGCAUCAUCUUCGUCUGCAGUUUUGUUAACUUCCAUGUUUUUAAUAAAACUGAUUUCUCUAAAGAAACUUUCCUGCUGCAGCUGGGAGGGGUGAACACAUCCUUCUCUGCCUCCCUGAGCAGCUUGCUGCUGACAGCCCUGGACCGUUACAUCUCCAUCAGCCGCCCCUCCGAAUACAAACUCCUCAUGACGAGGAAGAGAGCGUGGGUAGCCCUGGGGGUGCUCUGGGUGACAUGUGCAGCCAUUGCUUCCCUGCCCCUCCUGGGCUGGAACUGCUGCACGCUCGAUUCAACCUGCUCCGAGCUGUUCCCGUUUGUGGAUGGCAACUAUCUGUCGAGCUGGGUCUGCUUCAUCAUGGUCCUGCUGGGGUGCAUCGUCUAUGCCUACGCGCACGUGCUGUGGAGGGCCCACCAGCACGUGGCCUACAUGGAGAAGCACCAAGCGCAGGUGGGAAAGCAAAACACCAGGAUGAGGAUGGAUGUCAUGCUGGCAAAGACCCUCGUCAUGGUGCUGACUGUCCUCGUGCUGUGCUGGUCUCCUGUCCUCAUUCUUAUGAUCUACAGCAUCUUCGCCAGGCUGAGCAAUCACCUGCGCAAGGUGUUUGCCUUCUGCAGCACCCUCUGCCUGCUCAAUUCCAUGGUGAACCCCAUUAUUUAUGCCCUGCGGAGCAAGGAGCUAUAUUCCUCUCUGAGGAUGGUCUUUGCUCAGUUCAGGAGGCAGCUGAAGACCUUUGAGGAGAGCCCAGAAACAGAGACCACGCACAAGUCCUCCGUGAUAGAGACUGUCUGCGAGGACACCCGCGUAACAUAGGGAAGCAGCUGUGGAAAGCCUGUGCUCAGGCUGGCAGAAACAGUCUGGAUCACCUUCUCUUCUCU